AUGAAUAUUUUGCAAAACCUGCUAAGGUUUUGGAGAUGUCGGCCUUUUUCAACUUUCCAAAAGAAAUAUCAAAGGUUUAAGCUGAAUUUAACACAUCAACAUCUGUUUAAAAAUACAAAGUCUGAGCGGGCAAAGAUGUCUAAGUUGUUACCCAAAAUACUGUUGAUCUUUGGUGUGGCCCUAAUAGUAUAUUCUAAAUAUACUAGUGCAUUAUACAGUUCUUUGGGGUUCGCUAUUAUUGGGUACUUGGCUACCGAUGCGUUGAUUCCACGUGUUAGUGACAGCUUUAUUAAGAUUGGUCUUUACGGCAAAGAUCUAAGCAAACCAGGGAAACCGGUGAUUGCAGAAACAAUUGGAGCUGUUUCGGCGACAGUAUAUCUAUUUGUAAUGUUCCUUUCGAUUCCGUUUGUAUUUUACAAGUACUUGGUGGUUACAUCAGGCGGCGGCAAUAGGGAUUCUGAGAUGAUGGAUAAACAACAUAUUCAUUUAGUCUUCCCUCAUGGUAGAUUGAGCGCUUAUUUAAGUGCUCUUUUGUGCCUACAUUCUACGGUGUUGCUAGGAGUAGCAGAUGAUUUGUUUGAUCUACGGUGGAGACAUAAAUUCUUUCUGCCCUCCAUUGCAGCUAUUCCGUUACUUGUUGUCUACUACGCUGAUUUCGGUGUAACAUAUGUUUUAGUUCCCAAUUUUGUUCGUGACUUAUUCCCAGCAUUGAGGAGACGGGUUCUGUUUGAUCUGGGGUGGUUCUAUUAUGUAUACAUGGCAGCGAUGGCUAUUUUUUGUCCUAAUGCAAUUAAUAUUUUAGCUGGCGUCAACGGGUUGGAGGUUCUACAGGCAAUAGUGUUGGGUGUUAUAUGUCUCUUAAACGAUGUUCUAUAUAUGUCGUUGGGUCCAGAACAAACGAAGGAGUCUCAUCUGUUCUCAAUGGUGAUGAUAAUCCCUUUUAUUGGGGUAUCUUUGGCCCUUUGGAAAUGGAAUCGUUGGCCUGCCAGGGUAUUUGUUGGAGAUACCUAUUGCUAUUUUGCCGGUAUGGUGUUCGCUGUGGUUGGAAUUCUAGGCCAUUUCUCAAAGACUAUGUUGCUUUUCUUCAUCCCACAGAUAGUCAAUUUCUUGUACAGUGUGCCGCAACUCUUUGGUUUGGUUCCUUGUCCACGUCAUCGCUUACCUAAGUUCAACGAGAAAGAUGGACUGUUGUAUACGUCUAGAGCAAAUCUGACGGAAAAACCAGCCAAACCCUUUUUUGUCACCAUUUUGAAAUAUCUAUAUCGGUUCAAGUUGAUCGAUCUUACUCUAGACAGUAAGGGGAACCCAGUCGAUUGCAGUAAUAUGACCUUAAUUAAUCUAGUUUUGGUAUGGUUUGGUCCCAUGAGGGAAGACAAACUGUGCUUUUCUAUUUGCGGAUUACAGUUCGCUGUUGGACUCUUAUGUCUCUUUGCCAGACAUGCAAUUGGAUCACUUAUUUUUGGCCAUGAUAAUCUAUGGCAUGUGGCAUAA